AUGGCCAUACUUCCCUCUAGGUGGCUGGGGCCUGUAAAGAAGGGCUGCUUCACGCAGUCUCUGCAACAGUGGGUGUGUAAGUGGUUAUCAGAGCAGGUAUGGUUGAGAAAGGUGCGUUCGGACCGGCCCACCCCUCCUGCAGAUGCCAUUACACUAGCAGAUGUUAUUCCCACACUGGAGAGGAAAGUGAUCCCUUUUACCUACAUCCGCUGCGUUCCCAGGCACCACGACCAGCCUCGACCAGCAGCUGACUGCCAGCCUGAACGAAAGCAAGCGUCGCCUCAUAAACCCUGUCAGGAUUCGGGCACCGUAAGGGUUUAUUCCACGCUACGGGCUCGACGCUCUGUACUCUGUGCCGGCGUCACGCACACCGACAGGGAGAGCAGCCGGGGGCCAUUAAUCGAGUGUCUACAGAAUCUGGUACCCGAAGAUGACCGUUUCUCGGGACCGAGGAUGGCACACUUCUGCCCUUCAGGCUUCGCGUUCUCGUUUAUUCGCUUACAAAGCGGUGUGUUGAGCAGAUCUUGUAAAUACUCGCAUGACAUCAUCAACGGUGAGAACAAAAAAGUUCUAAAGACCCAUCAGUUGUCUGGCCUCGAUGAGAAUGAGCUGCGGGUCCUGCUGCUCCAGAGUGACCCUUUCCUCCUCCCUGAUGUCUGCUGGUAUUACAACAAAAAGGAUGGUACCUGCAGCCAGCAAAACAACUGCAGCAAGCUUCAUAUUUGUCAGCACUUUCUCCGAGGGGAAUGUAGAUUUCUUCCGUGCAAGAGGUCCCAUAACCUCUUGGAUGCCCAUUCAUUGAGGCUGUUGGAAACUGAAGGCAUUGAUGUGAAAAUAGCUUCAAACAUCCAGACUAUAUGUGAUCACAAGCAUACGGAAUUCAACAAGGAACUGAAGAAGGGGAAAAGUGUUCACAACUACAAACCAAGAGAAAACAUGUUGAAAAAACCGGCAGCUACAAGGAGUAAAGAACAGAAGAUAUCUCUGCAAACAGUGGACUCCUCACUGCAUGUGCCACCUUCAGAAGGUCCCAGUAGCAGUGUACCUGGUAAGAGCCAAGAUCAGUUGCCAACAGGAGCUGGAGGUAAAGAUGAAGAUAAAAAAGAUGAUUCCUCUGCUAAAGCUUCGAAGGAUGAAGAAGAAGAGAAUUGUGAUGAGAUAUGCUUGUUCUAUGUCUGGAAGUACUGCAAACAUAAAGAUAAAUGCAGAUUUGUUCAUUACCAUUUGCCGUAUCAAUGGCAGGUAUUUAAUGGGGUCACCUGGAAUGACCUUCCAGCAAUGGAGGAAAUUGAGAAGGCCUAUUGUAACCCAAAAAACAGCAGCAUAGCAGAUAAGAACAUUAAUUUCCAGACAAUGACCUGCUCUUCUUCUUCACUUCGACGACUCUCUACACCAUCAUCCAUCGCAAAACCCACAUUUGUACUGACUACACAGUGGCUUUGGUAUUGGAAGAAUGACCUAGGCCAGUGGACUGAAUACGGAGGGCAGGGAGAAGGGAAUAGUAUGAACUCGCCAUCUUCUGCUGUUAUUGAGAAUUUGUAUCUAGCAGAUCCAGAUGCCACCAUAUCUUUCCAGGCUGGCUUGUAUCAUUACGAGCUCAGUUUCAAAGAAAUGACCCAGACAAACAUCACUUUUAAAACUCGAAGACGGGUCUGCAGGAGACCAAAGUUUGUGUCUUCUGAAGAUGUGCAGAAGAUAAAGAAAGGGCAGAGGGAUUCUUCUAUUCCAGAUCAAACCUGUCCUAUCCACUGGGAUAAGUCUGCACUGCCUGACUUGGGAUACAAGGCGGUGGAGAUCAGCAGUGCGGCCGCCGAGUACAACAUGAUAAAGCGGCUGUUUCAUCAGACCAUGCAAAGCUACAGUGUCAUUAAGAUACGGAGGAUUCAGAAUCCAUCCCUCUGGAAGGUGUUUCAGUGGCAAAAGGAUCAGAUGAAAAGGGAAAAUGGAGGUAAAGAAGUAACUGAAAAGCUCCUGUUCCACGGAACCAAGAUCUCCUCCAUGGAAACCAUCUGCCUUCACAACUUUGACUGGAGAAUUUGUGGAAGCAAUGGAACUAACUACGGAAAGGGAAGUUACUUUGCUAGAGAUGCUUCCUAUUCCCACGCAUACUGUGAGCCUGCGGUGAAAACAAACAUGAUGUUCGUGGCUCGUGUGUUGGUUGGAGAUUACGUUAAAGGCAAUGCAGCCUACGUUCGCCCCCCGAUAAAGUCUGCUGACGGGCUUCGGUUUUAUGACAGCUGUGUGGACAAUGAGUUCAAUCCCGCCAUUUUUGUUGUCUUUGAAAAAUAUCAGAUUUACCCAGAGUAUAUAAUAGACUAUAAGGAGGAACAAAAACAUUGUAUUUUAUCUUAG